UUUGAGGAAAUCAAUUUUCCUCGAAAUUUUCCUUCCGCGUUGCAAAAUCAAGUUCGUUCGUAUAAGGUAGGCCAGAAACUUGACGGCGUCUUCCCGCCGGGGAACUCGAAACCCUCGAUAUAGAACAGGAACUCAAGAAGGGUAGGGAGACGAACUCAGCUCACCGCCAGAGAGAGGGAGAUAGUGAGGAAUGGCCUCCUUGGUGUUUUCGGGCUCCUCAUCUACCUCGAUCUCUCGUCCUUCUCCACUUUCUGCAUCUCCCGCACAAAGCCAUCCUUUGCGAUGCCGGGUUUCUUUUGCAACUUUCUUAACAGCGCGAUGCCAAAUGGUGGAGCCGCUGAGGCAUGCGAACGGAGCCCUUCCGCGCAUUCCUAUCAUUAACGAUCAAUCGUUGCCUAGUUUCUUAACAGUGCCGCGUGGCCUCGAAGGCGGAAGUAAGAACGACACAAGGCUGCGAAUUUUCUCCGGAACUGCUAAUCCUGCUCUAUCUCAGGAAAUUGCAAAUUACUUGGGUUUAGGACUUGGAAAAAUUAAGAUUAAGAGGUUUGCAGAUGGAGAGAUUUAUGUUCAGUUGCAGGAGAGUGUAAGAGGAUGUGAUGUGUUUCUAGUGCAGCCAACGUGCCCCCCAGCAAAUGAGAAUCUUAUGGAGCUUUUGAUUAUGAUUGAUGCAUGCCGUAGAGCGUCUGCUAAGAAUAUCACUGCAGUUAUACCAUAUUUUGGCUAUGCUAGGGCAGAUAGAAAGACUCAAGGGCGCGAGUCCAUUGCUGCAAAACUUGUUGCAAAUUUGAUAACUGAAGCUGGUGCAAACCGUGUGCUUGCAUGUGAUCUUCAUUCUGGACAGUCAAUGGGAUACUUUGAUAUUCCAGUUGAUCACGUUUAUGGCCAACCUGUUAUCCUUGAUUAUCUGGCGAGCAAGACCUUUUGCUCAAAUGAUCUAGUCGUGGUCUCUCCUGAUGUUGGUGGUGUUGCACGGGCACGGGCUUUUGCAAAGAAGCUAUCAGAUGCACCUUUAGCCAUUGUUGAUAAAAGACGUCAAGGUCACAAUGUUGCAGAGGUGAUGAAUCUAAUUGGAGAUGUAAGGGGUAAAGUUGCUGUUAUGGUGGAUGAUAUGAUUGAUACAGCUGGCACAAUUGCUAAAGGUGCAGCUUUAUUGCAUGAAGAGGGUGCAAGAGAGGUCUAUGCUUGCAGUACGCAUGCUGUUUUUAGCCCUCCGGCAAUUGAGAGGUUGUCAAGUGGUCUAUUUCAGGAAGUGAUUAUCACAAACACUAUUCCAGUUUUGGAGAAAAAAGGUUUUCCUCAGCUUACGGUACUUUCAGUUGCAAACCUUCUUGGAGAAACCAUAUGGCGUGUUCAUGACGAUUGCUCUGUCGCAUAUGAACCCUAUUCCAGCUUAGACAUUGAUUGAUCUCUUUCUUGGUGAAAUAUGGUGGCUUCCUUACCAGUUUUCUUCCCCUAUGGUUCUGAUAGUUGCUUGGCAUAACAUUUGUUAUAAUAGUGUUUAUUUUGCAAGUGGACCGGGGGCUUCAAGCCUUAUGAACAGUGCUAAUCAUUUCUCUGCAUCUAGUUCCAUGAAAUAGAACUAAUCAUGUUAUAGAAAACCAUGCACUUGAUAUUUAAAAUGAGUGAUGCAAUUCAAUUGUGCUGCUUUGACUUCUGUUUAUGUACUGAAAUUUUACAUGCAUGAAUAAAUAGUCGCGCUUUGUAAA